CCACAAACACACAGAAACGUAUUGAAUAUCACUUCGAAUAUCGCUGAAAAGGAAAAUACAUAAAAUUGAUUGUGUUGUGCAAAGUGAAAGAGGAAGGCAAAAUCAAAACAUGUGAAAGAGUGGAAUGCCCAAAACAAACUUGAGCAACAAAAAGUAAAAAAUAAAACAUCCAACAACAAAUCAAACAAGUCAGAAACCGCCUAAAAAUUAAAUUACAACAAAUUUUGUCUGUGUGUGAGCAAAAAAUUAUGCCAGCCAUUUAAAUAGCUAAUACAAACACAUACAUAUAUGUACAUAUGCAUAAGUUUUGCUCAAAACAAUAACAACAACAACAAAAUUCGUUAGCCUACCAAAAGUGAAACAAGUGCGUGCCAUUUAACAACAACAACAAUCACAAAAAGAGCCAAGUCGGAGCAACUCAGCAACUUAGAAUUUCCAAUUUCAACUCAACUUAAGCGGAGCAUAUUCGAGUUACGAGAGCGAGUCUGCACCAAACCGCAAAGCUGCAACUCCACAACGAUCUGUACGCCAUCAUGGACGGCUAUGCGCAUGAAUGGCCGACGCCGCCACGCACAGACAACAGUGCUCUGCACAUGGAUCACUUAGUGGGGGACUUGCCCAGCGAUGCGGGCUUUGAACCUCAAACACGCGCCAGAUCAAAUACAUGGCCCUGUCCAAGACCCGAGAACUUCGUUGAACCCGUCGAUGAGUUGGACAGCACGAAGGCAAGCAAUCAGCAACUGGCCACAGGAGACUCACAACAGGCUAUACAAAAUGCGAACGCGGCCAAAAAGAAUUCAUCGCGUCGCAAUGCAUGGGGUAAUCUAUCCUAUGCGGAUCUCAUAACUCACGCCAUCGGCUCGGCCACGGACAAGCGGCUGACACUGAGCCAAAUCUAUGAAUGGAUGGUACAGAAUGUGCCAUACUUUAAGGAUAAGGGCGAUUCGAAUAGCAGCGCUGGCUGGAAGAACUCCAUACGUCACAAUCUGUCGCUCCACAAUCGCUUUAUGCGCGUACAGAACGAAGGUACCGGCAAAUCGUCCUGGUGGAUGUUGAACCCAGAAGCCAAGCCUGGCAAAUCGGUACGUCGUCGCGCCGCCUCCAUGGAAACCUCACGCUAUGAGAAGCGCCGAGGACGGGCCAAAAAACGCGUCGAGGCUCUGCGUCAGGCUGGCGCGGUGGGCCUCAAUGAUGCCACGCCCUCGCCCAGCAGCAGCGUUAGCGAGGGUCUUGAUCAUUUUCCUGAGAGUCCACUGCACAGCGGCGGCUUUCAAUUGUCGCCGGACUUUCGUCAACGCGCUUCAUCUAAUGCCAGUUCCUGUGGACGCCUCAGUCCCAUACGCGCGCUGGAUCUCGAGCCCGAAUGGGGCUUCCCGGUCGACUAUCCCAACCAGAUGACGCAGGCGCAGGCCAAAGCACUGGACCAGCUGGCGGGCUCGAUGGCGGAUGAGUUGAAAUUGCACGACAUGUUGCAACAGCAAGGAUUCAGUGCCGCCUCGGGCAUACCCACACAGCCCCCGCCACCGUAUCAGCCGCCGCAGCAGCAGCAGCAGCAACAACUGCAACAGGGCUACACGCUCAAUGGGCCAGUAAAUGCACAGGGCUACGGCGGCCUGCUUCCCCAGACCCAACAACAACAGCAGCAGUGUUUACUGCACCGCUCGCUCAACUGUAAUUGUCUGCACAAUGCCCGAGAUGGCCUGUCGCCAAACUCAGUCACCACUACAAUGUCGCCCGCGUAUCCCAACAGCGAACCCUCCUCGGACUCGCUCAACACCUACAGCAAUGUCGUCCUAGAUGGCACGAACAGCUUAGCAGCGGACAAUGGCGUUCUCUUGGUGCAGCAGCAGCAGCAGCAGCAACAGUCUCAGCAGCAGCAGCAGCUCAGCUCAAAUUUAGAAGAUAAUAACUGCGCCUCUACUUUGAUAGGACAAUGCCUGGAAGCAUUAAACAACGAGGCGCAACAAAUUGACGAAUUUAAUUUGGAGAACUUCCAAGGCGGCCUCGAGUGCAAUGUGGAGGAGCUGCUGCAACAGGAGAUGAACUAUGACGGCUUGCUGGACAUCAACAUACCGCUGGCCACGGUGCCCGCUCCAAAUGUGAUCUUAGCCAACAAUAGUACAACAACAACGAGCACAACGCUUAAUCCAGCCCUGGCUACAGCCGUCAGUAGCGGCAGCAGCAGCGCUGCACAGUUGAAUCAGUUGUUGCAACAACAACAACAGCAACAACAUCAACAACAACAGCAACAGGUGUUGCUGAACAACAACAACAACAGCUUGGAGCUGUCGGCACAAACGCAGAGCACAAAUCUGAAUGCGGCACGCGUAGUGCAAUAUUCACAGCCCAGUGUUGUCACCUCACCGCCAUCCUGGGUACAUUAGAGUCGCCUCUAGGAGCCAGGGAACGAGUGUGUUUGUGUUCAGUUACUACGCUUGCAGCUUUGUUGUACUUGUAUUUGUUAAUUUGUCAUUGUCGUCGUUGAAACGCUUCGAACAUUUAAGCCACCAGGGCAAGGACUAAAUCUAAGGACAAUAGUGUAAAAUUUAAGCAAGCCGAGCGGGAGCAGCGGCAGCAGCAUCAAGAGCAAGAGCAAGAGCAGGAGCGGAAGCAGCAGCUGGCCGCCACUACAGUUUACAAAGAUAAAUCUGGUCGUUUCUAAUUUAAAGUAAACAUACAUACAUACAUAUAUACGUAUAAUAUACACAACAAAAAAGAAGAAAUACACAGCAAAGUAAAUGCAUAAUAACAUACCAAGUAGUAACCAAUAAUUAGCGCUUACAAUUAGAAAAAUUCUUUGAGGAAAACAUAUACAAAAUUGUGUAACGAACGUAAUUAGAAGAGCAAGAAAGAAAAAAUACAAACAACAAUUAACAAAUAUAUGUACUAGUAGAGCACUUUCUUUGAAAGAAAAUUCAACAUAAAAUGGUAGCAAAUAAGUCACAUUUUGUAAAUAUUAAUUGUAAUACCCUUGACGUUAUGGAAUAAAAGCAAACGUAAAACGUAAACGUAAAUAUAAUGAUACUAAAUAUUACCAAGCAAACAAAACUUAACAACAAAUUAGCACAAUUAUGUAAUAAUGUAUGCCUAAUGUAUUUAAUUGUAAAUUUUCUAUUAAAAUAAAUGAGAGAAAUCUUCAAACUACGCUAGACACGAGCAACGUGUGAGCGCAUUGAAUACGUAACUUCCUCUAGUACUACGAUACAUAGUUAGCUGAGGGCCGCUGGUAGCUGGUCUAUUAAAUUUUCAGUUUUCUCCUAAUAAAUAAUUUAAAAGAAAAACAAUAAAAAUGAAGAGCAACGCAAACUUUUUGGUUAUGAGCUAAAAACCUAUUGAAUGUAAUUCAUAGAAGUCUAUUGUUAGAAAAUGUAAAUGUUGCUAGGCAAAAAGGAAAAAACAAGAGAAUAAAAAAUCUUAAAAGAACGACUAAAAAUAUUAAACAUAAUGCAUACAAAAAUCUAAACUACACUAUAAUUACAAAUAUAUGCGCAUAUUUGUGUACUAUUACGGGCUAAAUGUUAAUG